UUUGGAAUGUUUUAUGUUCAUUGUCAUCUUUAAAUAGAAAUUUUCUUUUCAGUUUGAAUGUGCUUGCUUCUUUCUUUCUUUUUUCUUUGUUCUCUCUUUCUUAUUUUUCUUUAAGGGGAGCUAUGGCAGGGGAAAGGUCAAUACUAGGAAUAACCCCAGAGGUUUGAGCAUGUUAGCAUGCUAGAAAAGUACUAUUCUCAGCUACAAGCUUCUGAUGGCAAGAGGAAAACAAGCUUUCACCAUAUUUUGCUGAAACCCUUUGCCAAUCUCAACAAGUAUUUUUAUAUUCUUAGUUUGUUGAGUUUUUUAAAUUAAAUGUUUGUUAUUAUCUUAAGAAUGCUAAGUGUGUAGAUAUGUGUGUUUUCCAUAUGAAGUCUAUAAUCUAAUAGGGAAUCACCAUGCUAAUUCUGUCCUAACUUGAAUAUGCAUUGACCUCAGCCACAUUUACUUUUAAAAAACAAUGUUAAAUUCGAAAGACUUAAACACACUUUUUUUUUCUUAAACUUAGGUAUAUAUGUUAGAUAUAUGUCUGAAGGCCAGUAAUGGUUACUAAGUAUCCUCCUCUGUCAUUCUCCUAGAUACUAUGAGGUUUCUUGUUGGACAUACAUCUUGCCAGUUGGCUAGCCUAAUUGGACAACAAGCUCCAUAUUCUCUUAUCUCCACUUUCCAGGUCUGGAGUUAUAGGCAUGAACUUGCUGUGCCUGGCAUUUUAUGUACAAAGAAUUUUACGUGAAAGAUUUUGUCAUCACAGUCCACGUGGCAACCUGUUUGGAGUGCAGCUACAAUACAAGCAUUUGAUUGAGCUACUCAAAAGAACUGCUAUCUAUGGAGAAAGUAAUUCUGUACUCAUUGUUGGACCACGAGGGUCAGGGAAGACCACGUUAUUAAAUCAUGCUUUGAAAGAACUCAUGGAAAUAGGAGAAGUGAGUGAAAAUGUGUUACAAGUUCAUUUAAAUGGACUGCUGCAGACAAAUGAAAAAAUUGCUUUGAAAGAGAUCACAAGACAAUUAAAUCUCAAAAAUGUAGUUGGAGAUAAAGUUUUUGGAAGCUUUGCUGAAAACCUUUCAUUUCUUCUGGAAGCUUUGCAAAAAGGUGACCGGACUAGCAGUUGCCCAGUGAUCUUCAUACUGGAUGAAUUUGAUCUUUUUGCUCAUCAGAAAAAUCAAACACUCCUUUAUAAUCUUUUUGACAUUUCUCAGUCUGCACAGACACCAGUAGCAGUUAUUGGCCUUACAUGUAGAUUGGAUAUUUUGGAACUCUUAGAAAAGAGAGUGAAGUCACGAUAUUCUCACCGGCAGAUACAUUUAGUGAAUUCAUUUGAUUUUCCACAAUAUUUGAAAAUAUUUAAAGAACAAUUAUCUCUACCUGAAGAAUUCCCAGAUAAGGUUUUUGCUGAGAGAUGGAAUGAGAAUGCUCAUUGUCUCUCCGAAGAUUCAACUGUACUUGAAGUUCUCCAGAAACAUUUCAGUGUCAACAAAAACUUGCAGUCAUUACAUAUGCUAUUGAUGCUUGCUUUAAAUCGAGUAACCGUAUCACACCCAUUUAUGACUUCAGCAGAUCUGAUGGAGGCACAGCAUUUGUGUAGCUUGGAUUCUAAGGCGAAUAUUGUACAUGGUCUGUCUGUCUUGGAAAUCUGUCUUAUAAUAGCAAUGAAACAUUUAAAUGACAUAUAUGAAGAGGAGCCCUUUAAUUUUCAAAUGGUGUAUAAUGAAUUUCAGAAAUUCAUUCAAAGAAAAGCCCAUUCUGUUUAUAACUUUGAGAAACCUGUGGUCAUGAAGGCAUUUGAACACUUACAACAGUUGGAAUUAAUAAAACCCGUGGAAAGAACUUCAGUAAAUUCUCAGAGAGAAUACCAACUAGUAAAACUACUUUUGGAUAAUACUCAAAUUAUGAAUGCUCUACAGAAAUACUCUAACUGCCCUACAGAUGUUAGGCAGUGGGCAACAUCCUCAUUAAGCUGGCUGUGAAGAUUUUUAAAUACAUUUCUGUUAACACCUAAAAGUACUGCUCUUUAAUAAGAUAUGCUACUACAUUGCUUUGUUUAUAAAUAUUGUUUAUGGGAAAUUUGCACUUAGUAUCUUGGCUAUGUUUUGAAUAAUGACCACACACAGAUAACAGUUUCAUUAAUUUAAAUUACACCACACAAGUAGCAUUCAAAAGAAUAAAAUGUGCUUAUUAUAUG